GUCAUCUUCUCUCACUUCCUCGACUAUGAUCUCUACUUCCUGGAUACGCGUUCAGAAACACAGCCAGGGUUGGAGUUGUCACUAUUAUCUUACACCCAACUUUCCAUUAACUUGUUGCUCAUACACUAGCACACAAAAAUACGCAAUUUUUCAACCAUGAAUGGUCGUUUACUGUCGGUAAAAUAGGGAUGAUGACGUAGACGGGAGAACGACGCUGUGCACGCAGAAGAAGAAGAAGAGAAAGAGCGCCACGUCACUGGUCGGCGGAGGAGUCAGAGAAUAUAGUCCCUGAGUCCCCGCUGUGGACCUGAUAUCCUGAUAUCACACCGCUGCACUUCACAUUUUCUCACUUAAAGGAGGAGCAGCAGUCAAUAAGCAGGUUAAAAUGACGGCGUCUAACUGGGGUCUCAUCAUGAACGUGGUGAACAGCAUCGUGGGAGUCAGUGUGCUCACCAUGCCCUUCUGCUUCAAACAGUGUGGGAUAGUGCUGGGAACGCUCCUGCUGUUCUUCUGUUCCUGGAUGACCCACAAGUCUUGCAUGUUCCUCGUCAACACGGCAAGCAACACCAAAAGACGGACAUAUGCAGGAUUGGCCUUCCACGCUUACGGGAAACCAGGAAAAACCGUGGUGGAGAUGAGCAUGAUCGGUUUGAUGUUGGGGACCUGCAUUGCCUUCUACGUUGUGAUAGCUGAUCUGGGCUCCAAUUUCUUCGCUCAGCUGUUAGGUUUACAGGUGAAUUUCGGUUUUCGCGUGCUGCUGCUGAUCGGAGUGUCGCUGGUCAUCGUCCUCCCGCUGAGUCUGCAGAGGAACAUGAUGUCCUCCAUCCAGUCCUUCUCCGCUAUGGCUCUCAUGUUUUACACCCUCUUCAUGUUCACGGUGGUGCUGUCCUCGUUCAAACACGGGCUGCUCAGUGGCUGGUGGCUAGGGCAGGUCUAUUUGGUGCGCUGGGAGGGUGUGUUUCGCUGUCUCCCCAUCUGUGGGAUGGCCUUCGCCUGUCAGUCGCAGGUGUUGCCGACUUACGACAGCCUGGACGAGCCGUCCGUCAAACGCAUGAGCACCAUCUUCAUCUCGGCCCUCAGAGUGGUCACCAUCUUCUACAUCACUGUGGGUUUCUUUGGCUACGUCAGUUUCACAGAGAACAUCGCUGGCAACGUGCUGAUGAACUUCCCGUCCAACCUGGUGACGGAGAUGAUUCGCGUUGGCUUCAUGAUGUCCGUGGCCGUCGGAUUCCCCAUGAUGAUCCUGCCCUGCCGCCAGGCCAUCAACACCAUGCUUUUUGAGCAGCAGCAGAAGGAUGGGACGUUUGCUGCCGGGGGAUACAUGCCUCCUCUGCGCUUCAAGAUGAUCACCCUCAGCAUUGUGUUUGGCACCAUGCUGGGAGGCAUUCUCAUCCCCAACGUGGAAACUAUCCUGGGUCUGACUGGAGCCACGAUGGGCAGCCUCAUCUGCUUCAUAUGCCCCGCUCUCAUCUACAGAAAGAUCCAGAAGAACAGCAUCAUUUCUCAGCUGGUGCUUUGGGUGGGUCUGGGCAUCCUGCUGAUCAGCACCUUCACCACCCUCUCGAUUUCGGCCAGAAGUCCCGGCAUCAAGAUCCAAGCUCCUCCUCCUCCGGCACCUGUCAAGAACGAGCUGCCGCUACCGGACCUCCCUGGGAUGCACGACAAUCCUCAAAACAAGAAGCCAGUGGAGAUAGAAAAACCGGACCUUCCACCUGUGAAGGAGGUCCAACCAGAAGAGAGGGAGCCCCCCCAGAUUAAAGGACCAGUGGAACUACCUGAGAGGAAGAAGAAGGAGGAAGAGGCGCAGCUGAACCGCCCCGACGCCGGUGUCGCCGUGCCAGAGGGCGAGGCCCAUCGCCACGAGCCACCCAUCCCUCACGACGAGGUCCAGGUGGACACGAGAAAGAACAACGCAGAGCUGGAGGAGGACAAGAAACAACCUGAGGAACCCAAAAGAGAUGCAGAGCAAGGUUUGGAGGUGGAGGGCAAAAAAGACGACAAGGUCGAAGGGAAAGCGAAGCCCGCGGAGGCUGUUGUGGGGAAAGAGGAAGUGGAUUUGGGCGGAGGUGAAGUCCGGUCCAACGAGGUGAUGGAGAAGCCGGGUGCAGAGGCGGACAAAAAGCGGGAAAUUCCCCAGCCAAACGAGGUCGAGAAACUCAAUCCGGUGAAAGAUCCUCCAGCCGAGGCCGUCAAUCAAGUGGGCAAAGCUCCAGAAGCUGCAGUGAAACCUCCAGUUCCUGAAGGAGAGCAUCGUCCCGCUGCAGAGGAGGCUCCAGCUGCAGACAGCAAAGACGCAGCAGACGAGAAGAUGGACAUGAUAAAAAAGCUUGUCGCAGAGGGCCAGCUCGACCACGCCGUGCUUCUAGAGGUGCUCAAGCAGCAGCAAGAGCAACAGAAGAGACUUCUCGACCAGCAGGAGAAACUACUGGCCGUCAUAGAAGAGCAACACAAGGAAAUCCACCAGAAACAACCUGCUGGGGCUGCUGAAGGUGAGGCAGAGAAAGAAAUCCAGGAGGGGGUGCAAGGUGGAGCAGCAAAGCCCAAAGAGUCUGGCCUGGACUCAGACCUGAAGCAACCUAAGGAGGCAGCUGGAGCUGCAGCUGGAGCUGGAGCCGGAGCCGGAGCCGGAGCGGGUGCUGCAGCUGCAGCUGGAGCAGGUGCUGGUGUGGCCGUGCCUCAGGCUGCGGCCCAGAAUCAAGUGCAGGCCGGUGAUAAGGUUGCUGAGGUCGGGGCUCCACAAGUAGCUGUACAAGCAGCUUACAAGGAGGAUGACAAUGUUGCACUUGGAGGAGAAUCCCAUAAGCAGAGUGACCUGGGGGCGAAGGGAGUGCCGCUGGGAAAGAAAAGAGCCGAUGACCGUCAGCCCAUACCUCAAAAUGAGAAGGCAGCUCAACUUCAAGAUGAAGAAAGAAGCCUGGAUAAGGAAAAGGAGAAAAUUGAAAAUCUUAAAAAAGUACAGCUAGAGAAAGAGGCUCAGGCAAGACUGGAAAAAGAUCAGCUUAAGGCAGAGCUGGCCGCAGAGCAGGAGUUGAAGAAGGAGAGAGCGGAGAAAGAGAAGAUAGACAUAGAAGUGAAGGCGCUGGUGGAAAAAGAACGAGUGGAUAGGGAGAGAAGAGAGGACCUGGCCAGAGAGAAGGAGCUGGAGAAAGAGAGAGCGGCAAAGGAGAAACUCGCACAGGAGAAGGCCGAAGCAGAAGAGAGACUUCAGCAGGAGAAGAAGAACGCAGAGCGUGAAGCAGCCGAGAGAGCGGAGAAAGAGAAAAAGGCGGAGGAGGAGGAGGCGGCUCGGGAGAGGCUGGCCCGGCUGGAGCGAGCCGAAGAAGACAGAAAGGCUGCGCAGGGGGCCGAGAGGGAAGGCGGCGAAGCUUUGAAGAAAGGAGGACGAGACCUCAAAGAGAAAGUUGCUGCUCAGGCGGACCCCAGAGAAGACGGGGCCGUCGAAGCCGAGGCUCGCCCCCAGGGCUCCAACGAGAAGGCGAGGGAACAGGGAGGGAUGGAUCUAAGGCGGAGGCGCAGGGCGGCGGGACCCAGAGAGGCUGGAGGGCCCCCGGAGGAGACCGGGAUGCCCAGGGGGGUGCCGGGGCUGGAGCCCCUACUGGAGCUGGGAGGCUCAGACCUGCACGCGGCCCUGGAGGAGCAGCUACUGGCCGGGGCAAUGGUGCACUCGCGGCAGAUUAAACAGGCCUCGGAGGAUGAGGGAGCGAAAUAACACACAUCAGACACACAUUCUCACUCAAAAGAUCGGAGUUCAACGCACACUGUACACCUGAAGGAAACUUCUAAUACUGUGGACCAUGAUAUCGUUGCCUUACAUUCUCUCUUGCCUUCAGAAAUGUUAUGAACUAAAGAGGAACCGUUUUCUCUUUCUUGAUACCGUGUACUCCGGAAAUAACCCAAAGUCUUUAUCAAAGAACAAAGUGCAUGUAAAUAUUAACUUAUUUUUUGUCUUUAGGGAGGAUCGUUUCGAAGAGGUUACUGUUGAAAUGUACAUAAAUCUAUGCAAAUACCAUUCUAUGUAGUGUCAGGGUGGAUGUAUUAAUGUUUGUAUUUGAGUCACCUGAGUUCCGUUUCUUUCACCAGCUUUUGUAGGAUCUGUGUUCGUCUCCUGUGCUGAAUUUGUUUGUUCAAAGUUUGUUUAGUUUUGUGUUUAUCCGUUAUUUUUGAGAUGUAUAUAUUGUAAUAUGUUGUAAUGUUAAAUUGUGAUCAAUGUUUAAGGUUUCGCUGAACCUACAUUUACCACAUAUUGGAUGUAAUGUGGGUUCAGGCGCCUUGGUAAAGAGUUGUUUCGCUAUACUUUCAAAUGAAAGUAACUAAAUUCAAGCUCAUGCUGGAGCUACGAGGUAUAAAUAUAUAUAGUGUAGGCUUCCUGUUUGAUAAACUGGACAAUGAAGCAGCUGGACUCAAUCAUUCCAUCUUUAAUCACUCCCUUGUUGAUUUAUCAGUGCCUUCCAAUCCAUACGCUGCUGUUUUAUCAAAACAAAAAUGUGGCAGUCUUUCCUCAAAUUUGUGUUUUUUUUUUUGCUUUUCACUUUUACUGAAGAGUACAGUAACGUACAGACCUGUACAUUCAUUGUGUGAAGGACAGUGGAACGACAUAUGGACUCAAUUUGAAGUGUUUCUUUGUAAUCCAACUUCUCUGAAAAAUCCUCCAUCAGUUGGCACUUCAACACACAUUGGACCUUUGCUUUGUACGAGAGGCUAUUUUUCUAUGUGCAUUGUAUUUUUGUACAUGUUGCUGAUAAGAAUAAAUAAAAACAUCUCUAUUGCA